UUUUGCAGAGUUCUUCUUUGUCUCAUGAAUUUUUAAGCAUUGUACGGGAGGAGCUGAGGGCUCAAACACAAUACUUAUACUGCUUCCAAGUUAGAGCCAGGAUAUACUCCGCUAAUAAACACUCCAUUUGAUGUGGGUAAAGUCAUUUAUCCUGAGGAUACACUUAACUCAAGCGCACGUAAAUCUUAAAGAAGAUCCUACAUCCACUGGAAGUGUACAAACCACGGAAUAGGAUGACGGCUAAUUAUGGUUGCGUGUUCCUGACCUUCUCCUGCGUUAUAACGUUACUGGCACAGAACGUUCAUUCCUUCUCUACCAAAAUACUGGAAGAUGAGGACGCCACAAACCAGGACAAGCCUAGAACGGAAAGUGUUACACAGAGCACGGUCAGCGCCCCUACGGACACUCCAUCACAAUGUGUGCGAUGCUGUGACCCACCGCCAGCAUCCCCAGCGUAUGUCAUGUAUCAGCCUAUACCCCAGAUCAAUAUCACCAUUUUAAAAGGAGACAGAGGUGAUAUCGGUCCCAAAGGACCUCCAGGAAAAUCGGGCAAAGCAGGAAAUGCAGGACAACGAGGCCCUGUCGGUCCCAGAGGCGCUAAAGGGGACAUUGGGGCUCCCGGAAACUCUUGCAAGAGUUACUACUCUGCCUUUUCUGUUGGUCGAAAGAAGUCUCUCCAUAGCAACGAUUAUUACCAACCUCUUAUCUUUGAUACGGAGCUUGUGAAUCUGUACGGUCAUUUUAACAUGUUCAGUGGCAAGUUUUUCUGCUACGUCCCUGGAGUUUAUUUCUUCAACCUGAACGUGCACACGUGGAACCAGAAAGAGACAUACCUGCACGUCAUGAAGAAUGACAAGGAAGUGGUGAUUCUAUAUGCCCAGCCCAGUGACCGGAGCAUCAUGCAGAGUCAGAGCCUGAUGUUGGAACUGGAGGAACAAGAUGAGGUCUGGGUUAGACUCUUUAAAGGAGAGCGUGAAAAUGCUGUGUUCAGCGAUGACUUUGACACUUAUGUGACUUUCAAUGGCUAUCUUAUCAAAGCAAAGGCAGAGACUUAAAUCUAAAGACAUCGACCAAAGAAUAACAGAUACUCAACUCCAUGGUGUCAUGAUCACAAUCCUUACCCUGUUCCAAACUGUUAAUGUGCCCUCUUGGGUGCCAUAGAACUAAUUAGCUUUCAUUAAGAUGACUAUACCACCCUUUUGCAUCAAUAUGUUUCUGAAGACGAGUUUUGAAGACCCAUUCUUCUUUUAAAGGAUCUUGUGUCUCUUCUCCCCCAUUUUUAUAAUUUAUACCAAACACACUAAGCAUUCUCCAUAUUGUGCUAGGUUUCCAGACAUUCCUUCUGUUACAUAUUACGAACCAUUCCUUCUAUUUACUGCUCAAAAACACGCGUUCCAAAUGGUACGAUACAUUCAUACUAGACCUUUCUUUCUCUUUCCCCAUCUCUUGUUUUGCUGUGUAUUGUUUCUCUUAUCAAGUUAACAAUGUUUCCGGACUAGAUGCCCAUCAAACCUUUCAUUACACCAUUACUGGUCAAUCAGAGUGUCUCACGAGAUAAGAACUUUGCAAGAUACAAUUUGGGUAAUCCUGGAGUGUGGUUAAUGAUAUACAUAUAUAAUGGUUCUAUUUCACUGCAAGAUUACUGGAUUUCAUUGUAUUUAAAAUGUUUCCCCAUAUUAUGGACAACUUGUAAGAAAGGAGAGGGUAGUGACUCAAUAUCCUUUAAGGAUAUAACGAAAUAUAAGAUAGAAAUAUAUUUAAAAGAAGGAGAGGAGGGGGAGGAGACAUAGAAUAGUUUUAUAUUUUAGACAGAACUUUAGCUUUUCAAGGAAGGCUGAGAUGAAGAAUGUUUAAUAAACUGGCAGUAGUAAAUCAAUAACCAAGAAUCUAUAGACACAUAGUUGGCAGAUAGACCACUUUGCAUUUAUCCGAUAUCAGUGAAAUAACUUUAAAUUCUCCAUCCUUUUAAUUCUAAGGAUUGUCUGAUCAAACUCAUUGAGGGUUGUUCUCUAGUUUAGUAGGUCCCAAGUUCUCAAGGCACAUUGCAGGAUUUAGGCAUUUUCCAAUCCUGAUCAUAUUAGGAAACUGACAAAACUGGGCUGGGGACCUCUGUGUCACCAUUCUAGCAGUAGUUCUGGAACACCAGGUAGCUCUCAAUAUUUUAUUUUUCCAUUGAAAUGCUAUAACAUAAUUAAUUCCUGGAGUUUGUGAGUUAAAACAGGAAUCACAGAAUUGCACAUUUUAGUACAAGAUAGCUGGGCUGUAAAUCUAUCUCAACUUUGUUAUUUAAUCUCCCACUUUAAAUCGUGCCACUCCCAGCAGUGUUCAUCUUGUCAACUAACAAUUUUAGUCAAAGUUUAGUUGACUAAACUUUUCGAGAUUUAGUCGACUAUAACUAGAAUAAAAGUAACACAAUUCAGGUGGCUAAAAUACGACUAAAACUUAAAAAGAUUUUUAGUCAAAAGACUAAAAUUAAA